UCAAACCUUUAAUGUCAUACCUCUCAGAAUAGUUAAACUAAGGCACAUGCAUGUCGUAAACGGAUUUACACACGAGUGAAGGAGCUGCUACAUUUUAUCCAUUAUUAAGGAAACAUGAGCGAAGAAGAAGAAGAACCGAUGGAUACAUGUUUUGAAUAUAGCCUUCCUCUGCUAAAAACAACGUUCGAAUUGAGACAUGAUGAGAUUGGCUUGACAACGCAACAGAUUUUUCAUAAGCGAUUUCAGGAAGAAAUGUCCGGUACAAAACCGGUCCGGUAUUAUUUUUUGGAUCGUAAAGGUUUUUUAUUUAUGCUCUGGGGAGUUUUGAAGAAGAAUCAAGGGAUACGAGUUAAACACACACACACACACACACACACACACACACACACACACACACACACACACACACACACACACACACACACACAACUCUAAACACCCAUUCAGACAUUUGUCUACCUAUACAACAAAGCAAAUGACUAUGUAUUGUUUAUAAACAUUUUUUUUCGACCAAUCGCAACCGUUUUCUAUUCAAGAUUUUUUUAAACAGCUGUAUAAAAUGUAAAACCGCAUUUUCGGAGUCGUGAUUUGAGGUGUAACAAGCUAAGAUGACGGGUAAGUUUUUAACUUAAGACACAAAUCUUUUUUCUCUUUCUGGUUUAACAUCUUUAUUUUCAGACGCUAUUGUCAUAUCGGACGGCGAGUGGGAAGAAAUUCCUAUUGAGGAAUUAACUUGUAAAACUCCGGUCCCCCUCGAUGAUUUGUCUAAAAUUAAUCGUGCGGUCGACAAUCUGAGUGAGUGGAUUUUAUAAAUAUAUACGUAACGUUCUUUUCUUCAGCUGAGAAAUAUCUCAUUUUACAGAAAAGGAGGGGGUUCAACCUUACCCCGGAAGUGAUAACUUUUACCCAACCACGCCUCCAUCCACCAGCCGAACCGUCUUACAUUCGUAUCAGCCCAGCCAGACCGUCAGAUCACACGCGAACGCGAAAGCUGUUCGUUACAGGACUAUCACACCACAGACGAUCCUCGAAGCUGGUAAGUGAUUACAAAAUAGCGAUUAAUAAGUCAGAGAUGUGUCGUUCAUAUUUAUCGUUUUUAUUCUCCAGAGCAACGGCCGACGGCCUACGCACCCCCAAUAUCUCAGCCCCCACCACCUCCAACCCCUUCUCAUGCGCAGACGGAUGGUAACGAUAAAAAAACAACUGAUUAAUAAGUCAAAGAUGACUCGUUCACAUUUAACGUUGUUUUUUAUCCUUUCAGAACAACAUCCGACAGCCGCUUCAAUAUCUCUGCCCACACCUCCUCCUCCUCCUCCUCCUCCUCCCCCUUCUCCUGCACAGGAACAAUCCGACAGCGACUCUGAAACCGCUGAACGUGCUCCUGAGCAGCCAGCCGAACAACCCACGACCGACGAAGAGAACGCCCCACCUCCUGCACCUGUACAGAGUAAGUUAAAUUUAUAUAUAUAAUUUAUUAAAAGCUCGUUCAUUUUAUUUAUUUUUAUUUAUUUUUUCAUCAGA